AUGAAUUCGGUUGCAGCAUUUCGCAUGCUAUUACUUAAGAAACCCCUCACCUCGGCUUUCUGCCAGUCAAAGUCAAUUUCUCGCACCAUCACGACCCGAGCAACCUCAUACACACUGAACACGGGACACAAAAUCCCCGCACUGGGCAUCGGCACAUUCGGAGACGCAGAUUCCCAAGAAGCCAUAGUCACGCAAGCCUUGGAAAAGGGUGUCCGUUUCAUUGAUACGGCCCGCGUAUACGAUGUCGAAGUACAAGUAGGGAAGGGCAUGAAACGCAGCGGCGUUCCACGCGAAGACGUGUUUCUCGCUACAAAGCUCUGGUGCUCGGACUAUCACCCCGAGGACGUGGAGCGUGCUUUGGAUGACUCGCUGCGUGAUCUCGAUACCCCUUAUGUCGAUUUGCUUCUCAUGCACUACCCAUGCACUUUCAAGCGCGGACGUGAUCGGUUCCCUCGCGAUGCGAACGGGAGGAUGAUCAAAGGGGAGACCAGCUAUGUGGAUACUUGGAGGGCUAUGGAGAGUUCGGUUCGGUCUGGUAAGGCCAAGUCUAUUGGAGUCUCCAAUUUCAGUAAAUGCGAAAUCGAGACCUUGAUGAGGGAUACAACGACGGUCCCGGCUGUUCAUCAAAUGGAGGUUCAUCCCUAUCUCCAGCAGAAGGAGUUCAACGAUUGGUUACAAGAAAAGGAAAUCCACGUCGUCCAGUUUAGUCCCCUGGGCAACAUGAACGAUUUCUACCGACAAACAGGCUGGAGCAAAGAGAUUGCACACAUGAUGCGCGUAAUCGAUCAGCCCAUUCUCAAAGAGAUCGCGCAAAAAUACAACAAGAGCCCGGUUCAAGUGGUUCUUGCGUGGGGGAUCAAUAGUGGGCGAAGUGUUAUUCCGAAGAGUGUGAUCGAUUGGCAGGUGGAUGAGAAUCUGGCUGCUGAUUUCCAGUUGCAGGAGGAGGACAUGCUUCGGAUUGCGACGCUGGACGCGAAGGCGAGGUUCAAUGAUCCUAGUCUGGAUUAUGAGUGGAGAUUAUACUCUGAUUUGGAAGGAAUUGACGGGACGGUUCGAGGAAAGACCCAUUAG